AUGGCUUCGGUGUUCAUGUGCGGGGUGGAGGAUCUGCUGUUCAGCGGGAGCCGCUUCGUGUGGACGGUGACGGUGGCGGCGCUGAGGAGGUGGUAUGCCGCCCGGCUGCGGGCUUGCCGGCAAGCCCUGCGAGCAUGGUGUGGUCUCCGGGACGUCUACCAGAUGACAGAGGGCCGGCACUGCCAGGUGCAUCUCCUCGAUGACAGGAACUUGGAACUGCUGGUUCAGCCCAAACUUUUGUCUCGGGAGUUACUGGAUCUGGUGGCCUCACAUUUCAACCUGAAAGAAAAGGAGUAUUUUGGGAUAACGUUUAUAGAUGAUACAGGUCAGAGUGUCUGGCUGCAGCUGGAUCACCGAGUCCUGGACCAUGAUUUGCCCAAGAAACCGGGCCCGGCAACUUUGUACUUUGCUGUUAGGUUCUACAUUGAAAGCAUAUCCUUUCUCAAGGACAAAACUACGGUCGAGCUGUUCUUUCUGAAUGCCAAGUCUUGUGUGCACCAG